AUGGCGCACCCGGCGCAACCAUGGAACUACAUCGCGAAAAUAGUGUCUUUAGGCGACUCCGGUUGCGGCAAAUCUAGUCUAACAGUCCGGCUCUGCGAAGGCCGCUUCUCUCCGCACCAUGACGUGACCAUUGGCGUCGAGUUCGGCUCGCGCAUCGUACCUGUCGGCCCUCCUGCCUCGCUCGAGCUCGGAAUCAACAAUCCCAACGCCGACGGCGGCGCGAAGGACGUCACCGCUCUUACCGAACAGGACCAGAAGCACAUGAAGCUGUCCAUCUGGGACACUGCCGGCCAGGAGACGUACAAGAGCAUUACGCGCAGCUAUUUCCGGGGUGCCAGUGGUGCGCUGCUGGUUUUCGAUAUCAGCCGGCGCGCUACCUUCGAGAGUGUCACGGAAUGGCUCCAUGAUCUGCGCCAGAUCGCCGAGGAGGGAAUUGUCGUCAUAUUAGUCGGCAACAAGGCUGACCUAGCACCUUCUUCGCUUGUCGCUUCCUCCAACGACUCGGAACAUCCCCAUGCCAACGCCGACAACAAGCGCCAGGUCACGCGGGAAGAGGCGGAAGAGUGGUGUCGCCAGAACAAAGUCAUGCAGUAUGUUGAGACGUCUGCGAAAUCAGGAGAAAAUGUUGAGCGCGCUUUCCUUGAGGUCGCCGAGCGCAUAUAUCAGAACAUUGAGGCUGGAAAGUACGACUUGAACGACAGGCGAUCUGGCGUCAAAGGGCCGAAUGCGGGCGGCGGCAAUACCGCCAGGACUGUGAACUUGGGAAUGAAUGAUGUUGCCGCAGCGAGGAGAGGGCAAAACGGCGGUGGAUGCUGUUGA